AGAUGGAGCGAUAGUAGUGAGGGAAGAUGACCUUAGGAAGGCUGGAUCAACUCCUGAGAGAUGUCCAAGGUUUUCACGUUCAGCCUGUGUGUGACAAAUUUAUGGGGCUAUUCUAUGAACUCAGUAAUAACAAAGGCGGCGCAAGUGUUUUUCCACCGAUUGAGCACACCAUGGCUUCUAUGAGUGCAGAGCAAGAAAGUGUGGAAGUAGCACAGAAAGCAAAGAAGUCAGCUGGAGUGUCAACAGCUCAGUACAAGGCUGUAAACGAGAAUAGGGUGAAGCUUACGCGCAACAUCAAGGCAACAACAGAUGCCGAGGAAACUCUGAACGAUGAAUUUAGAAGAGCUAAUUGGCAAGAUGCAAAUAGUAUCUCUAACACUCGUGAUAUGAUAACAAAGGCCCUGAACAAGAUUGAAAAUGACGCCAACCAGUAUGUGGUGUUUUACGGAAUGCUUAAGGAUAUUACCGGUCUGGAUAUACCUCUGCCGAGUUUGAGCGUGAUAUCAGAAGAGUCUGACCCAAGGGACUCACAAGACCUAGUCACAUCCUACACCAAAAAGAAGCUGGUAGAGCAUGAGCAAAGUGGCCAAAAUCCCGAGCCGGACUCAGGAUACUUGGGGUUUUCUGGAAAGGGUUUGGCAGACCAUGACGGCGAUAUUAUCGACGGGGACAGGAGUACUAACCCAGAUGUCCCGGUUCCUACGUCCACUGACGACAGCAACACAAGCUACUCACAAGAAGAAGUACAUCCUAAAUUCACAAUUGAAGAAACAGGAACCGAGACACUCCCAAAGCAAGCCUCUGUAUUUAUCCCCUCAUUUAAGGAAGAAGCUGCAAUGAUGAACAAACGAUUGCUAGAGCUACACGACAGAGCGCAAGGAAAGCUUCACAAGCGAAUCAAAGAGUUGGAAAAGCUGCUACAAGAAGAAGGUGAUGCAAAAGAAGCACUUCAGCGAGAAAUUGACGAAAAAUCCCAUCAGUUUUCACAAUACAAGAGCAAUGCAGAAAGAACUAUUGAGGAGAGCGAGAACGAACUACAGCAAUUAAAAGCAAAGUUAUCAGCCACAGAAAAAGAAAAGAAAGAUAACGAGUCAAAGUACAACGAGGAAGUAAAACAGCUAAAAAAAGAAGUAGAGGAUUUGAAAGAGCGAAAGGAAAAGGAGAAACAAGCUGCUGAAUUGCAACUGAUGAGACUGGAAAGAGACCUUUGCAUAGCGGAAAAGGAGCUUGCCGAGAAAAAAAUUGUGAUUCUUAAUCAGCAGUGUGAGAAAGCAGAGCUUGAAAAGAAGAUUGUCAUUUGCUCAAAAGACGACGAAAUACGAAAACUAAAAGUGGAGAAGAAACGGCUAAUGCGAGGGCAGAGCCUUCACCGAUCACUGUCAAGUCUAGACAUCAACGAUCGUUAACAUGCAAACAAGACUUUUGCUUUUGUAAAGUUAUGUAAGUAGUACAUAGCUGUAUGCUAAGAACAGUAAUCUUUAUAAUUAUGUACCUCUGCUCCUGUUCUGAGAGGUCUGGGUAGACCAGGAGGGAUGUAGGUCCCAAAUAGUGGUGGUA